AUGACCCGCGGCAACCAGCGCGACAAGGCCCGUGAGGCGGCCCAGAAGAAGGCUGCCGGAGCGAAGACGAAGAACACCAUGAGCGGCACCGAGUUUGCGCGCGCCAAGGAGAGCGCUGCCGACAUCAUGAGGCAGAAGCAGGCCGCAUCUGAGGCCAAGAAGGCGGCUGCUGCUGCCGGGGGCGGCGGGAAGAAGUAA